AUGAAUGACGAGGUCAAGGUAAAGGCACUAGCGGUUUGCCUGAAUUUAGCCCAAGCCUUAUCGGGUGUGGCAUGCCUUCUUCGACGCUUUCAGCUUGCUUUUUGGCCGAUCGAGAUUAAGGCACUGAGGAGUCCGACCAAAACCCCGAGUCUUUUUCUUUCAUUGAAUAAUGUGCAACAACUCUUAAUUGCGGAUGAUAGAAAUAUCUAUAUUGGCCGUGCAGGAAUUUCUCGAGCUAUUGUCGAUCAGUAUGGCAACAAACUGGUGUCCGAAGUCAAAGCUUUAAAGCAAGCAAGAAGUCUCGGACUGGGGUCUACUAAAUCUAGUCCAAGUUAG